AUGGCCCUGAGUUUCUCCAGCUCUGCUUCGCUAGCUCUUCUUAACGCUAUUCUGGCAGUAUCCGCCUUUCAUAGAGGUGGGGCGACCGCUGCCUUGCCGUUCAAGGCCAAGGCUAUUGCUGCAUCAAUGAUGCUUUGUGUGUACAGUGUUUUCGACGAAACAGAAGGAGAGAAGCUACGAUAUCAAUUCUUGUACACAUGGCUCCUUUACCACGAAGUUCUCGGGGCCUUCAGUCAGCCUCUACUGCCUGUGAAACACAGAAUAUCUUCUAUUGAUCUUCUAAAAGAUGACAGCUUCGAUAAAACCGCCAUCAUUGGAUCUCUGGGAUGCUCUCUAGAAGUCCUGGAAGCAAUUCACUGCUUGAAUGAAAUGCGACGUAUCAUUAUAGCACGUCCUCCCGACAUCACAGAGGCCCUCAUCCUGGAACGAAAAGUUGUCGGCCUAACGCAAUGUCUGGAUCCCACAGACGAUCUUUCGUCCCACGGCAUAAGUGUCGAGGAACGCUCCAAGGUCCUUUUGACCGCCGAGUUCUACCGGAUAGCGACCUUGUUAUACCACCACCGAUUGCAUGCAUAUUAUUUGCCAAGGCACCGGGAGAGAAAAGUCUACCUGAAGCAAGCCUUCGAGAUACUGGACCGUUUGCCAAUCUGCACAAGUCCGUGGCCUUUAUUCAUCGUUGCUUGUGAGGCAAACUCGGACGAUCAAAGAUUGGUAAUCCUCCGUAUGCUGGACCGCAUGGACGAGGCCCGUAAAAUUGGAAACGUCUUUGUCAUGAGAGAUAUUAUUCAGUCAUUCUGGAAACAGGAAGAUCUAGCUGCAGACUGUGACGGCAGCAGCAAUCAACCUAAUUGGUCCAAAUCCUGGGAUUUAUUAUUCUUCGAGUCGAAACUGGCUGUUCCUUGGUUUAUUUAA